AUGGAGUCCGACGUUCCAACAGUCACUAUUCUCCUCCUCGGUGAUGCAGAGGUCGGUAAGUCGACAUUCCUCUCACGGCUGACGCUGGGCCGCAACGUCCCCGCUGAACAAUCGCACGACGCUCCUCCUCCUCCGUACUCCCUGCCAGCCCUCCACGACCUCGACCAGCCGUUUGCUUUCAACAUCCGCCUCUACGCGAGACACUAUCGCUACGAAUUCUUCGACACAGCAUCGCCAACCAACUAUACCCUUCUCGAGCCCGACUUUAUAAUUCUCGCGUACGACAUUUCGCGCCGCGAUACUCUAGACUCGCUCAAGAUGCACUGGGCACCGAUGGUCAACGAGACGUACAACAUAGGCGAGCAAAUCCCGGUCAUGGUGCUAGGAUUGAAGCGGGACCUGAGGAAGGAGUGGACAGAGGAAGAGAAGUCGAGAGAGGGCUCGAACGGGAAGGGGGCCAGCGUCAUGCCUCAGGAAGGCCUAGGUAUCGCGCAGAUGAUGCGUGUGGAUAGAUAUGCCGAGUGCAGCGCGGUGACCGGAGAGCUAUGCACCCAGGUCCUGGAAGAUAUUGCCAAGACGGCAGCGAAAACCACGACAGAAAAUGGUGGAUUGAGUGCUGGCGGAUGUGUGGUCAUGUAA